GUCAGUCAUCAUCGAGGGUUCAUACCUGACGCUAGCCACCUGUCUCUCCGUAUCUUCUCUAAAAAGAGUAAAGACUAAAGCCGACCAGGAAUAAAGUGAUUACAACCCUGUCUCGGUUGGAAGUGAACGGAUAUCCAAAUUCCAGCGUCGCUUCGCCAUGGCCCAUCGUUUCCACAGAGCGGCCCGUGAUGGGAAGUUGGACAUACUGAAAGAAGCAACCAGAAAGGAUUGCAAUUCAAAAGAUGACGACGGAAUGACUCCGACUCUCUGGGCCACCUUCGAAGGCCAUCUGGAAGCUCUUCGCCUCAUCAUCGGCAGAGGUGGCGAUCCUGAAAAAUGCGACCACUACGGCAAUACGGCCCUUCAUUUUGCGGCCGCUCGGGGCCACAUGAAUUGCGUAACAUUUCUAAUGGGCUAUGGCGUUAACCUUUAUGCCAAAGAUAUCGACUACCACACAGCCAAAGAAUUAGCGGCCAUGAACGAUCGCCAGGAGAUCCUGCGCUACCUGGACGAGCAGGACGCCAGGCAGCAGCGCCACGAUGCCAAAAAGGUCAAAGCUCAAACGGAAAAGGCCACCAAAGAAACGGACAAGUUGGUGAAAGAAUUCGCUCAAGUGCAAGAAAAGGCCAGGAAAUUGGCCGAAAAGGAGAAAAAACGCCUGGAGAAAGAACGGGAAGAAAUGGAGCGAUCGGGAAUGAACGAAGCCCAUUCGAUCGAGCCGGGGACCUUGAUCCCUCGGCCAUCGAUGGCGGCCAUCGACCUCCGGCGUGAUUCCCGGCUGAUCUACAGUCCCAAAUACUCUGACAUAGUCAACCCGAAAGAGGAGAAGGACAAGAUCAAACUGCCCGUCAGCGCCGUGUACAAAAAAGUCCAGCAGCAGCGCCGGAAAAUGAUGAGCUCAUCGUCCAGCAAUCAGUCAUCCGUGUCCAAAAGUGCGACGGCCAACAACAACAAUGGCGAGCAAGUCACGACCGAGCCGGGCGAUUUUAAAAUCGGAGCCGUCGAGGACGGCAAACGAUCCGUUCGUUCCAUUUCCGGAUUAAGGAGAGACUCUGAGAUCAUGUACAUGCCGAAAUAUGACGACAGCAAUGGCAAGCGCACGGGUCUAGAUAGCGUCUUCCCCAAUCCAGAUAGUAACAGCCGCAGCAAAAGUAUUUCGUCGGGAAGUUCUAAUUUGCAUCCUGCUGGCUACCCCAAGACUUCCGACAGUGGAUUUAGUGAUGAUCUCGCAUUCCAGCCGCACAGAUCGUCCAUUUUUGAACUACCCGGUUUCGGUCGUCUAGCCUUCAGGAAUUCGAUAACGGCGCUCGGAGGGAACUCAAUGAACCUCGGGGUGGCAGCUGUGCCUCCGAAUAAGGAAGGUGAAUCGACCGUUGAUGAUGCAACCCGUCUGAAUCACAACCGACGCCAACGGGAAGAUAAAUGGGAUCAGGACGAUUUGGAAUCAUCAGAUGACGAGGAAGAAAACGGACAGACUCCAAUGUACUUUUUCUUGGCUGCCUUUGGAUUGGAGGAGUUUAUUGAGCCGCUUGUCAGGGAAAAAUUUGACUUGGACUCUUUGAUGUUGGUCAGCGAGGAGGACCUGAUAUCAAUGAAAAUCCCGUUGGGACACCGGCGCAAACUGAUGAAGGCCAUCAACGAUAGGAAAGCCGCCAUCGAAAACCCCGACGAAAUGGAAGACAGUCAUUUGUAAAACUGAAAGACGCCAGAUAGACGAAGUUUUUCUUUGACGCAAUACAACUUUUCUUUUUUUAAUUAUUAUUUCGCAAACUAUUGACACAUGAAAUUGAAUACAUUUUAAUCAACAAUG